AUGAGUGUGGUGGGCAAAAAGCUAAGCUCGUCGAUGGCGGCCCAGGGCACUGAUGCUGACGGACCAUCGGCAACGAGUCCGACGACCGGUGGCACCAACAAAACGGUGCCCACCAGCAGCACAAUCACGCCCGAUUACGUGCUGCAACUGAAUAAAAUUACCGACGACUACCUCUGCACGCCGGACGCAAACAUUUACGAGAUCGACUUUACGCGGUUCAAAAUCCGGGAUCUGGAGUCCGGUGCGGUGCUGUUUGAAAUAGCGAAACCAUCACUCAACGACAUUACCCACACGGCGGGUGGAGGUGAUGGGAAGGGACGGGAAUCGGUUGCGGGCGCGAAUAGCGAUGAACCUGCCGGAGCACCAUCUGCAGGUACCACUACCGGUACCGAGGACACGGAAGAAACGUUCGAACCAAAUGCGGGUCGCUACGUACGGUACCAAUUUACGCCGCAAUUUCUUAAACUUAAAACCGUCGGUGCUACUGUCGAGUUUACCGUUGGCAGCAAGAGUGUGAAAAACUUUCGCAUGAUCGAGCGACACUUCUUCAAGGAUCGGUUGCUGAAAACGUUCGACUUUGAGUUUGGAUACUGUAUUCCCUUUUCUAAAAAUACGUGCGAACACAUCUACGAGUUUCCCACUAUCCCACCGGAUUUAGUGAACGAAAUGAUUCAGCAUCCAUUUGAGACGCGCUCGGAUAGUUUUUACUUCGUCGACGGUUGCCUGGUAAUGCACAACAAGGCCGACUACGCAUACAACGGUGGCCUGUGAACCGGGGUAUCCUUAGUAACCG